AUGGGGAGCCCGCAGGCCGUUGCAGCGCGUGUGCCCCGAGGGACACGCCUUGCGGCGCGCGGGUACCGGCCGUGCCAACGACGGCCAUCGGGGGCACCUAAGGACCCUGGGCUUGGGCCGCCAGCACGGCCGACAAGAGUCCACACCCCGAGUCGAGCGGUGGACCAGCAAAAGCCGUUCCGCAUACGGCCAGGACGCAUCGCCGGCCCCCAUCCGCUUCCCUCCCGGCAAUUUCAAGCACUCUUUGAAUCUCUUUUCAAAGUCCUUUUCAUCUUUCCCAAACAACCCGACUCAUUGACGGCGCCUCAUGGGGCGACAGGGUCCGGGCUGGACGGGGCUCUCACCCUCCCUGGCGCCCCUUUCCAGGGGACUUGGGCCCGGUAUGUCGCUGAGGACGCCUCUCCAGACAACAAUUCGGAUGGCAUAGCCGCCCGGUUCUCUCUUUCCGGGCUGCUCCCGGUUCGCUUGCCGUUACUAGGGGAAUCCUUGUAA